AGUGAUUAAUUUGAAAAAAAAAAAUAUGUCGUCAACUCUGAUGGAACGUGUUUCAUCACGUACAAGAUAUAUCAUGCAAGAGAUAUCAUCACGUACAAGAUAUUUAAUUCAAGAGAUAUCAAAUUACAUAGAAAAUUCAUGUUGUGAUAUAAAUGGAUCAAUGAUUAUUGUAUUAUUAACUAUCACUGUAAUAUUUAUUGUAUUUUUUGGAUUUCUAUUAACAACCACCACAAUUUCUACAACUGAUGAAAAUCAUUGCUUGAAAUAUUAUCCAUGCAAAAGUAAAAAGCCUCAUACAAUGUGUAAAUUUCCUCUGGAAAAAGCUGGAACAGCUUGUAAUCGUUUGGACAACUAUGGAAUAAGUGAAGAUGAAAAAAAUGAAAUUUUAACUUCUCACAAUGAUUACAGAAAAAUUAUUGCAGAUGAAUUGAGACAAAAAAGUAUUGAAAAAUCUGUUGAAAUUAAUAUUCCAUCAAUUAAAUGGGACAAUAAUCUUGCUCAAAUUGCCCAAAGAUGGGCCAUGCAAUGUGAAUUUAAACAUGAUGAAUGUCGAAACACUGAAAUUUUUAGAUCUGAUCAAAAUCUUGCAAUUAAAACUGAUUUAAAUGGUUAUGAAAAAUCAUUUGGUCCUCCAAUCAAGGGUUGGAAUGAUGAAUUUGCAAAUAAAACUCUUGAAGAUACUUUAAAAGCAAAUUUUGUUUUGGAUACUGCUCAUUUUACUCAAAAAGGCUGGUCUCAAAGAACACACGUUGGAUGUGGUGUUGCACGUUUUUUUGAUAACAAAUAUUAUCGAACUUAUUUGGUUUGCAAUUAUGGUCGUGCUAGAAAUAAUACAAAUCAUUCAGUAUCAAAUACUUUUGAAGCUGCUACAUAUGUUCCUUUUCUUGAAGUGAUUAUAAAAAUGUUGAAAUACAUUGACAAUAUGCCUUGUUUUAAAAAUAAAAUUUCAUUAAAUAAUAUGAGUAAUAAAACAAUUAUUUAUAUUACCAUUGGUAUUGCAAGUGUCAUCAUCAUAAUUGGAAUUUUAUUUGCAUUUUUUUUGAGUAGUGAAGAUUACUGCUUGAAGUACAAACCCUGUGAUAAUGGUGAGCUUCAUACAAUGUGUAAAUUUCCAACAAUGGAAGCUGGACCAGCUUGUUAUCGAUUGGAUAGCUAUGAUUUGACUAAAAAAGAAAAACAAGAUAUCCUGGAUGCUCAUAAUAAAUUUAGGGCAAUUGUUGCAAGUGGAAAAGAAUCAAGAGGACAAGGUGGACCACAACCAGCUGGAAUUAUUCCUCCUCUUAAAUGGGACAAUGAACUUGCACUUGUUGCUCAAAGAUGGGCCAUGCAAUGUGACUUUAACCAUGAUAAAUGCAGACACAUUGAACGUUAUCAUGUUGGUCAAAAUCUUGCCAUAAGAGGAGUCAGUAGUGGGUAUGAAAAAGAUGUAGCCAAUGGAGUAAAAGAUUGGUACGAUGAAGUAGAAUUUUACAAUCCUCAACAUGUCCAAAAAUUAAAUUUUGCUAAAGAAACAGGUCACUAUACUCAGCUUGUUUGGGGUAAAACAACACAUGUUGGAUGUGGAAUUGCAAAAUAUUAUGAUAAAAAAUAUUAUCAAGUAUAUUUAGUAUGUAAUUAUGGACCUGCUGGAAAUAUUCGAGGCAUGCCAGUCUACGAAACUUGA